AUUUCCUGGCUUUUGCUUCAGGGGCUUUGUGAGUUCAGGACCUGCACAUACUCACUAGCUUUCCCAGAAUGAAUGGUAUUGUAUUACUGAGUCUUACAGUUAUAUUACUGGUUACAUUUGUGAGCACAGCAAGGUAUCCUUACCAGCAAGUCUUACAGCACAGCCGGAUCAGAGGCAGACAACAUGGCCCCAAUGUAUGUGCAGUGCAGAAAGUUUCUGGAACCAACAAACAAUACUACGCAAACUGCAAGCAGUGGUACCAGAGGAAGAUAUGUGGGAAAUCAACAAUAAUCAGCUAUGAAUGUUGCCCAGGGUAUGAAAAAGUUCCAGGAGAAAAGGGAUGCCCAGCUGCCCUGCCUCUAUCAAAUAUAUAUGAAACCCUGGGUAUUGUUGGAGCAGCUACUACACAAUUAUACUCAGACAGAGCCAAUCUGCGACCAGAAAUCGAAGGUCCUGGAAGUUUCACCAUCUUUGCACCAAGCAACGAAGCAUGGGCUGCUCUGCCAGCUGAAAUAUUAGAUGCUUUAGUGAGCAACGUUAACAUUGAGCUUUUGAAUGCUCUGCGCUAUCAUAUGGUGGACAGACGUCUCCUUACAGAUGAACUAAGACAUGGAAUAACUAUACCUUCAAUGUACCAAAACCUGGACAUUCAUGUGCACCACUAUCCCAAUGGGAUUGUUACAGUAAACUGUGCAAGACUGAUAAAGGCUGAUCAUCAUGCUACUAAUGGUGUAGUCCAUGUUAUUGACAAAGUAAUCACUGCAGUAACAAACAACAUAGCCGAAGUUGUGGACACGGAGGAUAACUUAGAAACACUAAAGGCUGCCUUGGCUGCUUCAGGACUAAAUACACUCCUAGAGACUGAGGACAAGCAAUACACACUUCUGGCUCCUACUGAUGAAGCAUUUAAGAAAAUCCCUGAAGAAACCUUAACCCGUAUCCUGGGUGACCCAGAAGCACUGAAAGAUCUCCUACACCACCACAUUUUACGUUCUGCUCAGUGUUCUGAAGCAAUCAUUGCUGGAUCUUCCAUGGAGACUUUGGAGGGCUCUUCUCUAGAAGUUGGGUGCCUCGGGGAAGAACUUACACUCAAUGGAAAAGCAAUUAUUUCCAAGAAGGAUAUAUUGGCCACUAAUGGUGUUGUUCACUUCAUUGAUGAAUUAUUAAUACCAGAUGCAGCAAAAACCUUAACUGAACUAGGAAAAGAUUCCGAUGUUUCUGUUGCCAUCGACCUCUUCAGACAAGCUGGUCUAGACUCUCAUCUUGUAAAUGAAAGGGUGACUGUCAUUGCUCCACACAACAAUGUGUUUAAAGAUGGAACACCCAGAAUUGACAGAGGCUUGUCAAACUUACUUCAGAAUCAUAUUAUAAAAGAUCAGCUUUCCUCCAAGUACCUUUAUCAUGGACAAGUUCUAGAGACAGUUGGUGGAAAAAAACUUAGAGUAUUUGUAUACCGAAAUGCACUUUGCAUUGAAAAUAGCUGUAUUGAUGCACAUGACAAAAAAGGAAGAUAUGGUACAUUGUUCGUUGUGGACAAGUUAUUGACCCCACCUACAGGAAAUGUAAUGGAUGUCUUAAAAGCUGACAAUCAGUUCAGCAUGUUGGUGGCUGCAAUCCAAUCUGCUGGGCUUACAGAGACAUUAAACAGAGAAGGAGCAUUCACUGUCUUCGCUCCCACAGAUGAAGCCUUCCGAGCUCUUCCACGAGGAGAACUAAAUAAGCUUUUAGGUAAUACAAAGGAACUAUCCAAUCUUUUAAAAUAUCACAUUGCUGAUGAGAUAUUGGUCAAUGGAGGUGUUAGCCAACUUGUGAGACUAAAAUCAUUACAGGGUGAAAAACUGGAAGCAAGUUCUAAAAAUAACACUCUGCAAGUAAACAAAGUUCCAGUUUCACAAGGAGACAUUAUGGCAACAAAUGGUGUCAUUCAUGCUAUCAACACUAUGCUACAAACACCAGCAAAAACACAAGAACGAGGAGAUGAGCUAUCAGAUUCUGGGCUAGAAAUAAUUCGUCAAGCAGCUGCAUAUUCCAAGAUCUCCCAGAGGAGUGCUCGAUUAGCACCUGCAAAUUCUAAAUUAGUGCCAAGAAGACGUCAAUAAACCUUAGGUUUUGGGCGAAAAGACACCUCUACCAUUUGUUCUUCUGGAUAUGUAAUAACAACAAUGUCACUAUGCAACUAUUUUGGAUAGAUUUUUUAUGUGAAAAUGUAAGAGCUCUAAAUACCACUCUAAUUAUUUUGCUAGAUAUCUAUUGUAGUGAUGUAAGAAAACAUACACUUGUAUUAGCAGUAAUGUGGUAAGAAAAAUCAGUCUAUGAUGCAAAUUUUCAUCCAAGAAAAUAUUAAUGAAAAAAUGUAAACCUUAAUGAAGAAUAGUAAAUUUGUCUGUGUCCCCAUGUAUGUCUUUUAAUUCUUUGAUAUAUAAAAAAUAAAUUUGUCUAAAUUGCCAAAACAAUAA